AUGGCCUCUCAGCUCCCCCCCUACAAGCAGGACUUCCUCAAGGCCGCCAUCUCGGGCGGCGUCCUUAAGUUCGGCUCCUUCGAGCUCAAGUCGAAGCGCAUCUCGCCCUACUUCUUCAACGCCGGCGACUUUUACCGCGCCGACCUCCUCCGCGCCAUUUCCGUGGCCUACGCCCACACCGUCAUCGACGCCCGCAAGACCGCCGGCCUCGAGUUCGACAUCGUCUUCGGCCCCGCCUACAAGGGCAUCCCCCUCGCGACCUCCACCACCGACAAGCUCGCCGAGCUCGACCCCGAGCACUACGCGCAGACCUGCUACUCCUUUGACCGCAAGGAGGCCAAGGACCACGGCGAGGGCGGCAACAUUGUCGGCGCGCCUCUCAAGGGCAAGAAGGUCCUGAUCGUCGACGACGUCAUCACCGCCGGCACCGCCAAGCGCGAGGCCAUUGCCAAGAUCCGCAAGGAGGGCGGCGAGGUCGUCGGAAUCGUCGUCGCGCUCGACCGCAUGGAGAAGCUGCCCGCCGCCGACGGCGACGACAGCAACCCCGGCCCCAGCGCCAUGGGCGAGAUCAAGAGGGAGUAUGGCAUCCCCAUCUUCGCCAUCCUCACCCUCGACGACAUCAUUGAGGGUGCCAAGAGCUUCGCGUCCGCCGAGGACAUUAAGCGUACGGAGGAGUACCGCGCCAAGUACAAGGCGACCGACUAA